AUGCCACCUCGAAUACCGCUCGUACAAUGCCUCCGGGCCCAAAAUGGUACGUGUCUAGAUACCGACAACUUCAACGACGUCUAAUGUCUUUCAGCAUGCCCAGCAUCGACCUCACGUGCCUUUUCCUCGACUCCUUCAUCACAAGCAUCGACCGUGACCCAGCGGAAGAGACAUCGUGAUCCAUAUGCCAUCGCACAGGCGAAGGCACGAAAAGCGGCAAACUUGAGCAGACAGGAAGUGCUGAAGAAAGAGCGGGCCUCGGUUCUGGGAGAUCCUGUUCGCGGUGUCACGACUCCUUUCGUGAAGUCAUUUGAUGAUGCUCUUCCGCUGGAGCCAUCGCCAUCCUUUGCAUCGACUAGAACUCGAAUCGAUGAGUCUCCCGUAGAUGACGCGCCUGGACCCGCAGCUGAGAGAGACGAGCACUUAAAUUUCUACUUCUCGAAGAGCGAGCUAGACAGCGGCAUCAUGAGGAGCAAAUGGCUUACGCAGCCUUUGGAGUCGACACCCGAGGUUACCAAAGAUCAGACAACACCUGCAGAGGAAGUCUCCGCGGUGUCAGAGCCAUCUGAGAAUCCGGAGGGGGUGGAUUUCUAUAACAGUGCAAUGGCAGGAAUUCUGCAAAGAAAGUCUGCCAGCGCGAGUCGAGACCAAGCUGCUCAGGACGACGCGAGAAUGGUCACUGGGCAAGAAACACUCGAAGAUCGCAUAAAGCGAAGGAGGCAAGAGCACGAGACAGCGCAGGAAGCGCUGAAGCGCAUAUCGAGCCUGUCUCUUGGCAGCAGCAAAGAUCGUCUGCGCGUCAACAUCCAGCGCUGCAUCGACGAGUUUGGCCGGCACAACACCGACCACACUCUACCUCCUCGACCCGCGGCGGCAGUUACUGGGGAACAACCGGAGGCGUUUCCUCGGGUUGGCAGCGAUACUGGAAGCAGCGAGGUCCAGAUCGCCAUCUUGACAGCCAAGAUUCGGACCCUGGCAGACUCGUUAGAGUUGAGAGGCACACCGACCGACAAGGUCAACAAGCGAAACUUACGACUUUUGGUCCAUAAGCGCGCGAAGUUACUAAAGUACAUGAGAAGGAAAGAAAGAGGAGGGCCCCGAUGGCAGAAUCUGAUCGAGAAGCUUGGUCUCACCGACGGCACCUGGAAGGGCGAAAUCAGCCUGUAA